AUGGAAUGCCCAAAGAGAGAAACCACUGAAGCUGAACAUGCAACCUCCGAGAUUGCUCCAGCUCAAGAGGACUCAAAAUAUCCUCGCGUGUGCGGCUAUGACGCAAAUUGCGUGACGACUAUUAUCCCGGUUGUAACAGACAGAUUCAAUUCACUCAACGACGUUGGCUGGUAUGGUGCUGCCUUUUUAUUGGCUUCGGCAUCUUCACAACUCUUUUACGGAAAACUCUAUCUAUUUUACCCAUCUAAAAUUGUCUUCUCUGCUGUUGUCUUCACCUUUGCUGUAGGAAGCCUCGUAUGCGCUGUUGCGCCAAAUAGCAGUUCGUUCAUCGUGGGCCGCGCCAUCUCUGGCCUGGGAAGCGCAGGAAUAUUAGCCGGAACCAACAUUAUAAUAUCCCGGUGUGUGCCAGUUCGAAUGCGACCAGUCUACUCCAGCAUUAUUGGGGCGAUUGAAUGCGUGGCCAUCUCGAUUGGACCAUUGCUCGGCGGCGCGAUAGCAGAGACUCUGGGAUGGAGGUGGUGUUUCUGGCUUCUUCUGCCCCUUGCAGGCCUAACUAUUGUUAUCACAAUACUCUUUCUGGGAAACGAACAAAGCGUCGAACAAUCAACGUUGACUCUGAAAGACAAAAUUCGCCGCCUCGACUUACCCAGCCUGGCGCUAUUUAUACCAGCCAUUGUGUGUCUGAUCUUGGCACUUCAGUGGGGUGGGAGUUACUAUGCUUGGAGCAACUGGAGGGUCUUUGUGCUAUUUAUAAUCUCCGGAUGCUUCUUGUUUGCCUUUGGGGUUUACCAAUACCGGAAAGGCGAGGAGGCCACUGUGCCUCCAAGAAUAUUUCUUACUAGGACUGUUCUUUUUGGAGCUCUUUACUCUUUCAAUACUUCUGGGGCGCUCUACCAAUCUGGUUUCAGGCAGUCAAAGGAGCCUCGCCAUUCAGCAGCGGCGUUCGUGGCCUUCCGCUGGUAUUGUCUCUAG